AUGGGAGGUGAAUUAGCUUCCAUUCAAAACUAUCCUUUUAUGGUAUCCCUUCAAAGUCAAGGACUUCAUUUCUGUGGAGGAUCAUUGCUCAAUUCGCGAGUCAUUCUCACUGCAGCUCAUUGUUGUUUUUACAAUGAUUUAGAAACACCUUUGGAUUUGAGACGAGUCCGAGCAGUGUUGGGUCAACAGGAUUUACGAAAAUGUUUUCAACAAGAAGAUGCAUCAUCAUCCUCAUUACUUCAGGAAGAACCACCUUCUGCUGCUGCUGCAAAUGGUCCACCAAUGUUCCAACCACCACAAAUUCCUCCUCCUCAAUUUCCCAACCCACCACCAAUUACCUUUCCAGAAUCGAACCAAGCCAUGAUGAAAUCAAAAUCAGUUGUUCAUUCUGAAUCCCUUUCAUCCUCUUCACUCUCUCCAUUCAUGAAUCCAGUUCCAUCUUUUUCUUCUUCAGAAGAAGAAGAAAAAUCACGACCUUCACAUGUCAAGAGUGUUGUCUCUCAGACAUCAUGUUUGAAGGUGGAAAUUGAGCGAAUGCAAGUGCAUCCUUCAUUCUCAGUCACCAAAAUGACCAAUGACCUAGCUCUCUUGUUUCUUAAAGAACCAUUAGAUUUCUCCGAGUUGUCGAUUCAAACCAACCAUUCAGUGAAUUCGAUUGAUUUGGAUUUGGAUUGGAUCGACUUGCAAACUUCUUCCACUAAUUAUUCACAUUGGAAUGCUCAUGUGUUAGAAAUUGUUGGAUAUGGUCGAAUCGAUGGAUCCAUUCAUCGAAAUUAUCAACUUCGAAAAGCUCGAGUAAAUGUGACUUCCAGUGAUUAUUGUAAUCGAAAUGGUCUCCCCAUCAAGGAACCAGAUGCUCAAUUUUGUGUGGGAGAUGGAAAUGGAAUUUCCUCAUGCAAGGGAGAUUCUGGUGGUCCCUUAAUUAUCUAUCAUUCACAAUCAGAUAGUGUUGGUGGUGAGAAGAGAAAACCUUAUCUCAUUGGAGUGACAAGUUUUGGACUCGCUCACAGUUGUGGAAAUCGAACCAAGAGAAGUGUCUUUACCAAUCUGUUGCAUUAUCGAGAAUGGAUUCAACGCCACAUGACAGGUAUUCAAGUUCAGGAACAACAAAUUCCUUCGUCACCACUUGAACCUUAUGGUGCCUCACUUCCACUCGAACGACCACCACCUCCACCAUCACCACCACCUCUCCCUCCACAAGGAUUGAAAAACCAUGGCAUUUCCAUGAAUGUAUGGAAUGGUAGCAACAACGGUUGGAUACUGCUGCCAUUCAUAUUGAUGUUCAUUCAUCUGAUACUCACCUCCCUCAUCGAGUCUUUGUUGAGGAGUUGA